GACAGACAGGCGGAGCGGUCUCUGUUGGGAUCUUUCACAUGUCAACACUCAUGACAGCGGAGCUCCUCGGGUCCGCAUUACGUCAUCCUGGCUGAAGGUCUCGCGCGAGGAAACACGACCCCAACGCACCUCCAGCACACCUGGAGGCUGCCGACCGUCAGCCGAGGUGCGUGACUCCUCCGACUCGACGGUCAGAGGUCACUGGAGGUCACGAUGGGGUCAGCAGUGGAGAGGACCGAUGAACACGUGAGGGAGUACCUGCUCUACCGCGGGUUCACCAGCACUCUGAAGCACCUGGACACCGACAUCAAAGCCGACAAGGAGAAAGGCUUCAGGGUGGAUAAGAUCAUCGAUCAGCUGCAGCAGCUGGUCCAGAGCUUCGACCUGUGUGGGCUGAAGGAGUACUGGCUCUACCUGGACCGGCGCCUGCUGUGCCGACUGGAGGACGUCUACCGGUCCACAGUCAGCAAGCUGAGAACCAGCCUGUACCGAUACUACGUCAUCAACACCGUCCAGAAAGGAAACCUGGAGAAGACUCAGGAGUUCUUCCAGAUGCAGGCGUCGGAGCUGCAGAGCCAGGUGGAGUGGCGUGAUUGGUUCAUCCUGCCGUUCAUCCCCUCCCCCGAGCAGAACCCCGCCUUCUCGCCCUACUUCUCCCGCCAGUGGGCCGACACCUUCCUGGUCUCGCUGCACAACUUCCUGUCCGUGCUCUUCCAGUGUAUGCCCCAGCCUGUUCUGCUGAGCUUUGAUGCUGAGGUUCAGAAGUCCACGAGCCUGACUGAGGAGAACGAACAGCUGUGCCAGCUGCUAUUCGCCCUCCAGACGGAGAGCCGGGACCAGAGGGACGGAGACGAGACGCUCCACCACAAGCUGCCGGUCUAUGUCCAGAACAUGGACCGUCUAGGAGACACUGAGCUGGACUUGGUGUCGAGCCAGCGCCCCGUCAGCACGGCCACCACGCCCUCCAGAAACUUCUUCUCCACAUUCCUGCCUCAAGGCAGACGCACUCCGGGGAAGCUGCCCCCGUUCCCCCCGGGCUCCUCCUCGCCCGGCCAGGCCGCCGCGGGCCGGAAGGACCCGCCAACCGCUCCGCCUGCAAAGUCAAAAGAGGCCGUCCAAGCUAAUGAGGGGAAGCCGGCUUCCAGCCAGCCAUCAACCAGUGAACCGAAGAGCUCCCAGUCAGCAAACCAGUCUGCAAACCAGCCAGUAAACCAGUCUGCAAACCAGCCAGUAAACCAGGCUACGAACCAGCCAGUAAACCAGGCUACGAACCAGCCGUCUCAUCCCAGACACAAGAAGGUCCAGGACCACGAGAAGGAGAGGAAGAUGCUUUUCUCCAAACCAGCGCCACAGGUAUCAGAGAAGAAAGGGGAGACGGCAGAGGGGGAGCUGCUCUCUGAGGCCUCCAGUGAACCUCCUGAUCCCGCCUCAUCCAGCAGGAGCUGCCGAGGAGCAGCAGAGGGAGGAGGUCUGUCAAUGGAACAGCCGUUCAUCAAGCUCAGCCAGGAGGAGUACGGAGAACACCACUCCUCCAUCAUGCACUGCAGGGUCGACUGCUCUGGUCGCCGGGUUGCCAGUUUGGACGUGGAUGGAGUCAUCAAGGUGUGGUCCUUCAACCCCAUCAUGCAGACCAAAGCCACCAUCAUGUCCAAGUCUGCUCUGCUGUCUCUGGAGUGGGCCACCAAGCCAGACCGGCUGUUGUUGCUAGGCAGCGGCGUCGGCACGGUGCGGCUGUACGACACGGAUGCCAAGAAGAACCUGUACGAGAUGAACAUCGAUGAAACUCAUCCACGGAUCCUGUCGUUGGCCUGCAGCCCCAGUGGCUCCUCCUUCGUCUGUUCAGCUGCAGCUCUCAGUCGACCCGGAGGUCUGGACUCUGCAGCUCGGCUUCCUGCCCUGGUGUCUGGACAGCUGCUGCUGUGGGACACCAAGACGGUCAAACAGCAGCUCCAGUUCUCCUUAGAACCAGAACCGGUAGCCGUUAACUGCACGGCCUUCAACCACAACGGGAACCUGCUGGUGACCGGCGCCGCCGACGGAGUCAUCCGGCUGUUUGACAUGCAGCGCUACGAGAGCGUGAUGAGCUGGAGAGCUCACGACGGAGAGGUCUACAGCGUGGAGUUCAGCUACGACGAGAACACCGUGUUCAGCAUCGGAGAAGACGGGAAGUUCAUCCAGUGGAACAUCCAUCGCUGUGGGGUUAAGCAGUCGGAGCAGGUUCUGCCCCAGGAGGCCACCGGGCCCUUCGUCCUGUCGGGCUACAGUGGAUACAAACAGGUUCAGGUCCCUCGAGGUCGACUCUUUGCCUUCGACUCUGAAGGCCAGCACAUCCUGACCUGCUCCAGCAGCGGAGGCCUUAUAUACAGACUGACCAAUGGGGAGCCUGCUCUGAAGAGCAUGCUGUCCCUGGGGGGCCACAAGGCGCCCGUGGUGACGGUGGACUGGUGCUCGGCGGUGGACUGCGGCACCUGUCUGACCGCCUCCAUGGACGGGAAGAUCAAGCUGAGCACGCUGCUGGCCCAGAAGUCCUAACACACCGGAGGGGUCAGAGGUCAUCACCGGUUGUGAUGACCUGAUUCAGUUUGCCUCUUGGCUGAUAAUAGUGUCAUUUAUGUAAUGAUGUGAUAGGAAACAGCAACAGCUCACCAACCUGUGGACAAAUCAUUUUAACAAUAAAAUCUCACUGAAAGAUCAA